GUUGGAUUCAGUUGUGCGCAUGGUUCGGGCUUUCUUUUUUCUUAUUUGCUUUGGUUUGUUUAGAAAAAGCAGCAAAAUCGCAAACCAAAAAAUUUGGUUGGUGGAUUCCGGUUAAAAAUACAUCGGUCAGAGUACGCAAAGUGUUGUCGCGAAUCGGAUCGCAAUAAGUGAAGCUUGUUCGUUGAACAACACUGUUUGAACAUCGGUGUUUGUCUAUAUAUCGUACAUCUCCAUCAUACACCCAUAUCGACAGUUAGAGUGUCACGCGAUUCAGACUCUUACACGUACCAUAAAAAUGACAAAUGUUUUGAAUUCAGUUUAAGUAUUCUUUUCGUAUUGUGACCAUUUUUGCGAUUGACAAUACCACACAAAAUUGAGUCAUGGAUUGUGUAAUGGAUUUGUAAACAGGAGGAAAAAACGUGAAAUAUCAAAAGUGACAUCGUUUUCAAACAUUCAUAAAUACACAGACGAUAGGUUGUAGUUAAAAGUGGCCAAAACAACAACACACUUGAAAAAAUGAUUGUAAUCAGUCGUUGUCUAGCUACCGUAUACUAAGUGGCUGAUGUGUGGUUUUUGAUUUUGAAUUGAUUUUUUUUUCGUGAUGUUUAAAAAUUGCCACCGAAUGGAAAGUGAAGUUUAAUUUAGAUUGACAAUGAGUUCAAAUGCUUAGAAAGUGAAUUAUUCGUGUAUUUGAGUUAAAAAAAAAACAUUGAAAAAAGUCAUCGGUUUUGAAAUCAAGGUGAAGGCCCUUUUUACCCAAAAAACAUAAGCUCUCAUGAAUGAAUUUAUGGUGACCAAAUGUUUACCAUCAGUUUCAUUGAGAGUUUCAAUUAAGAUUCGCUGAACCGGAUAAAGUCAAUGAAAGUUCAUUGUUCCAUUAUUUAUGAGCAAUGAACGACCACCAUCAAUGUUAAUAGAAAAAAGACAACGUUAUUUUCAUAACAAAUGAGCAUAUGAAUGAUGCUAGUAUUUGGAUCGGCGACAGCACAGAAAACUCAUUUGUAAGGGUGAUAAAAAUUCCGAUAAUCUCGCGUCGUAAAACUGAUAAUUUUGCCCCACUGGCGUAAUUGAUAUAAAUUCAAAGAUUGUGAUGAAAAUAUUGGCAAAAUCACUGCACAUCGUCUAAAUCUGACUAUAAUACAACUAUUUUCCAUUCAAAGCGUUCAAUAACUUUCCAAGAAAAUAGAUAUAUAAAACCACCCUCCGACGAAACGAACGUUUUUUUAUUAUUCCGAUAAGUUACGCUCGCUUCUGGUAUUUUGCGUGGGUAUUGUAUUGUGUGUACUAUCUCGUGCUGCGUACAGUGUUUUGUAUACGCUCAAUGAAUGCAAAGAGAAAAUAGUGAAAAUUCCAUGCGACGAUUUAGAAGCGCUAAGAAUAAUAUUAUCUGUAUUAAGUUGUAUUAUCAUAAUCAAGUUAUAAAAGAUACAAAUAUUUUAACAAUUUUCCAUGUCAUACAUGGAAAACAUCUUGACAAAGAAAAGACAAAAGAAAUAACGAAACUUUGUCUCGCUUGUCGCAUCAAAUAUUUGUGAACUUUGUGCAUAUACUUUUGGACUCUCAUACGCGAUAUAAAAUGGAGGAUUAUAAAUUUUUAUUCAAAGUUGUUCUAAUUGGAAAUGCUGGCGUUGGAAAGACCUGUCUUGUUCGUCGAUUUACACAAGGCGUUUUUCCACCCGGUCAAGGAGCUACGAUUGGUGUAGAUUUUAUGAUAAAAACAGUUGUUGUGGAUAAUGAAAAGAUAAAACUUCAAAUCUGGGACACUGCAGGCCAAGAGCGAUUUCGAUCUAUCACGCAAAGCUAUUACCGUUCGGCCCAUGCUCUAAUUCUAGUCUACGAUAUCAGUUGUCAGCCGACAUUCGAUUGUCUGCCGGAUUGGUUGCGUGAAAUUCAAGAAUAUGCCAAUUCAAAGGUGCUGAAAAUUUUGGUCGGGAACAAAGUUGACAGGGACGACCGAGAAAUACCAACAGCAAUUGGUGAGGAAUUUGCCAAACAACAAGGCAUGUAUUUUUUGGAAACUUCAGCCAAAGAAGCCGAUAAUGUUGAGCGUUUGUUUUAUGAGAUUGCCGCCGAAUUGAUUGAACAGGCGCGCACAAAAGAGGUGCCGCGCAGCGAAACCGGUGGAAUAUCGAAUUUAGGAACCAAAGCGAAUUUACUGAGUCAAACAACUAGCAAUUGUUGCAAUAAUCUAAAUCUUGGACCAAGUUAAAUUAGCCAAAAUUCAACGAUUGAACAAUUAUACUCAAUCAUAGCGACAUUUUUAUUCCACGGGAUGGAAAUGACCCAUCCGUAUAGUUUAAUCAAGUAUAAAUCGCAGAGAAGAGAAAAAAAAGUAUCUAUAUUAGUAUUUAUAUCUAACGAUAUCACAGGCAACGAUUUUCCAGUUGUUGCACUUAUGAAAUGACCGUACUACCGAUACAAUCUCUACAGUCGUCAUCUGAACAAUUGUUAUCAUUUUUAUAGCGUCAUUGUUUUUGUUUAUUUUUUUGUAAUGCAUUUUUUAUGUUCACGAUCAAUUCCCAACAAAAACAAACACCUCACAUCUAUUUUAGUUAUAUAGGGAAAUACGCUUUGUAUCGCGGUCAAAUGAAUAAUAUUUAUAUGAUUGUUUUAUAUUGUUGUGAUUUGUUAGCUUGCAAUCGUAUGAAGAUUUAAAAAAAAAAAACAAAUUAGUUUUUUUUUCUUUUUUUUAACGAAAUAACUAGUACCUUUUUAAAUAUGCUUUUCAAUUAUCCAAUUAAUGUGCCUGAGUUGUAAACAUUUGGAGUUUGUGUUGUUUCAAUCUAUGUAGUUUCAAUCACAAUAAGAGUCGCAUACUCACUGUAAAUCAAAAUACAGACCGUUUGAUUUCCAUAAUAAUAAUAGUAAUUUAGAAAAGUUUCGGGAAAAUCGAUAAAAUGAAACGGUUCCAAACCCAAAAGUAACAAAUAACCCUAUUUCAUAACUUUUGUUUUACAAUGACCAAUUUUUUGAACUAUUACUCCUAUGAAUGGAUACUUGAAGGUGAUCUAAUUGCACAUUAUUGUAUAAAUAAAUUUGUGAUUUUAAAUUAGGAGCAAUUUUAUCAA